CUCUACAGUGGUGGUGGUGCUGCUGCUGAGCUUUAGUUGAGUGAGUGUGUGCGUGUGUUGAUGGUGGACCGUUCCCGGUGAAAAAACACCGAAGCCCUGCCCCGUGAAAAUGCCUCAGUGCUGCGUGUAACUGACCGAAAUUCGCGGUGGGGAGAGAGCCAGGUCCUCGGACAGGUUACGAGGAAAAUACCAGCAGGAUGUUGCAAGUUUUGGCUUGUGGCGCCGUAGUUUUCCCCGGUCUUUUCCUCGCCUUUAGGAGAAUUCUGCCGUGUGUGUUUAAACACUGGAGCGAUGCAGACGUGGUGCUGGUCAGCGAAAGACUGGUGUCCUCCAUCCAUGCCAUCAUGGCAACCACAGCGGGGGUUAUUGUUGUAUCAUCCUGCCAAGGCAACGUUAUCAACGACAGGCACUGGCUGGCCACCUACUUUGUCAUCUGGUACGGCGUCCCUUACAUGACAUACGACAUCUUCGCCAUGUAUCUCAGCCACUACUACCGUUACAGAGUCAAAGGGCACAAGGACUACAAGCAGCAUUCGCUGAGAACCGUAAACUCCUUCGUCCGCAGAGAGUUUCUGCUGGUGCUGCAUCACAUCGCCCUGCUCACCAUCCUGCUUCCCGUCACACUGUUCUUCAGAAAGGACCAGGGGGAUUUCUUCAUCGGUUGCUUGUUUCUGACUGAGCUCAGCACACCCUUUGUCUCUCUGGGGAAAAUGCUUAUUCAGCUCAGCCUCCAGGACUGCUGGGUGCACAAGGCCAAUGGUGGGAUGGUUCUGUUCACCUUCUUCAUGUGCCGCAUUGCCCUCUUCCCCUACAUGUACUGGAUGUAUGGCCGCCACUACGGCAUCCCUCUCUACAGCGUGCCGUUCCACCUCCCGCUGACCGCCAACCUGGGCAACUCUUGCAUCCUGGCACCGCAGGUGUACUGGUUUGUGCUGCUUUGCCGAAAGGGCUACCGUCUGUACAAGCGAAGCCGCAGGCCGCACUCGCCUCCUGCAGCCGCCGUCGCUGACAGCUGCAAGGAUGAUUGAUAUUUAGCUCACGACUGCUCACUCCAGCCACACACUCAGCUACUAACUCAACCCCACCAUCGUACUGUAGUACACCAGGACGGCCUGCUCUCGUUCCACAACUCCUGGGCAUUUUCUGCACCAUUCAACUCCUCUGUUACAAAUCUGCUGCCGAAGUGGACUAUUCCACCACCGAUCUAAUGCUACUACUGAACCUGGGUGAUUUAGUUGUUUUUUUGUUUUUUUUUUUCUUUUUCGGAUUAGACUCUGACCUGGAUGUUAACACUGCUCUACAUAUACAGUGGUGAUGAAAAGGCUGCAUUCGCCUCACUGUUAAUGCACUAGAAACUAAAGACAAACUAACGUGGAGAGACUUGCUCUUUAUUUUACUCCAACUGUGUUUACAGCUGCUGCUGACUGGGAAACGUCUGUUACAGGGAGCGGAUGUUACAGCAGGAUGAGUUUUACAGUGAUGUCAUAGCUCAUUUUCCUCUCUCAUCCUUUAAUUUAACACACUUGCAAGAGGGAGCAGAAACUGUGGAGCGGGGAUGAAUAUUCAGGCAGUAUGUGCGGGGGAAAAGUCGCCGCAUCCACAUUCGAGAGCUACAAAUAGUACCAAGUUAAUGUGACUUUUCACCACUGUUCAUCACUUCAAACCCUGUCCAUCAGCUUUCCUCCUUUUUUAACAAGUUUAAACAUGUUCAGGAUUUCAGUUUGGAAGGUCUUAUUUCGGUCAUCUGAAGAAAACAUUAGGCCCUUGAUCUCACAAUGUAUUUUAUUAAGAUGAACUUAAAGCAAAGUGGAAGGAUGUACAGUUUUUUUUUUAAAUUCAUGCUGAGUUAGUGCAAACUUUCUGUAUGUGAGGAUUUUGUGAUUACACUGGAGCAUUGCAGCGAAGAUGCUGACAGGCAGAGCUGAUCUCGGGGCAGCUUGGUUGGGGUUGACGCCAUCUCUGAGGGUUGGAAGUAGGGGAUAUGAAUAGCUAAUACAGCAUAGUUCCUGAUCUCAGGGCCAGGUCAGAGCAAUAAGGUGAGCUGUGUCUCACCCAGGCAGACUUACGAGUGAAAUUUCCAAACAUAAAGAGAAAGAAAAAUCAAGGAUGCUAUGAGCUUUGAUUUCUGAUAAAUACUUACUCAUGAGUUUCUCUGCAGAUGCGGAGAUUUGAAUGCACUUCUGUAUCAGGUGUUGAACUGAGCACUUAAACCAUCAGGCUGUUCAUACAGCUCACACACUUUUUAGAGAUUUGAAUCAUCUUUUAGUUUCAUUGGAAAAAUUGUUUAACACAACUUAUAUUUUGACUAGAGGACCAUUAUGCUAAUUUCCAGUUGCAGAUGAAUAUUUAUCUUUAAUUAAAGAGAAUCAGAAUUU